UGAAGAGGUGCCCUUGGCGAAAGGCCCAGAUGCAAAUACACCUUGCCCAAAGGCGACCGUGCCGACACACAACCUCACUUUUCUGUUCUACCGUCCGGCUGACAACAGGUGUAUAAGAUGUCCAUGUUCAGCAGUUUACCCGACCUUCGCCAGCUGGCCCAUCACCAAAAUGGCCGCCCCCUGCUCGACACAACCCCUCGGUACGAGCCUUUCAACACAACGGCGCAAAUCCAGAAGGAGAAGGAGAAAAACUUUCGAUUCGGCUGGUUCGGCUUUAAACCUGAUUUCCUUCAAGUCUUCAACACUUCAAGAUGGCUGCUCUUUUUCGUGGGUCUUACUGGUGCCCUUGAGUGCACGUCAACUUACGGAUUCAUUCCUGGGAUCAUAUCUACAUUGGAGAGACGGUUUGAGAUGUCCAGCUCCAAGAGUGGCUUCAUCGUCAGUUCCUACCAGAUCUUUGCCCUUGUCACGAUGCCAUUCGUAACACACAUCGCCGGCAAAACGCAUAAGGGGAAGUGGCUUGGAGCGGUAACGCUGCUGUAUGGGGUUGGUUGUUUCCUGUUCGCCUCGCCGCACUUCUUAACAGGACGUUACGAAGCACCCGGCAGUUACGCAACAAACGUGACCUCUUCCCAGCAGACCAACACGAUGUGCCAUCAGUCCUCCAACAAUGGCAGUUCAACUGAACAAUGCACCACCGAAACUACCGAAAGCUUCAGCGCACUCAGUAACUACCUGUACGUGUUCGUGGUUGCUCAGUUCUUCCUAAGUCAGUGCGGAGGUUCCCUGUUUACCGUAGGGAUCGCCUACAUGGACGAGAACGUCAAGAAGAAAGUUUCUGGCCUCUACGUGGCUAUAAUGUUCACAAUUGUGUGCAUUGGUCCAACUAUCGGGUACGUCCUGAUCGGGCAGCUUCUCAGUCUGUAUGUGGAGUGGCCAAUCGAGGAUGGAUACUCGGCCGGUUUGACGCCAUGGGAUCCACGAUGGAUCGGGAACUGGUGGUUCGGCUUCCCUGUACUGGGUACACUCGGCAUCCUGGUCGCCAUUCCACUCUUUGGGUUCCCGCGCAAGCUACCAGGCUCCGAAGAGUUGCAUGACGACGAGGCACAGCUGCCUACGAAAGCGGCCGAGAGUGACGUCACGAAGGCCGACGAAGAAGCUCAAAUCCAGUCGAUCAUUGAGAGGAUCCGAGGAGCCCUGGAAGACCUGCUGAAGUCGCUGCUGGACCUUGCAAGGUCUUAUUCUUAUGUACUGCUGACUCUCGGAGUUUCUUUCGACAAUAUGUCCAGCUCUGGCAUGUUCGCCUUUGCACCAAAAGUUUGCCAGAUAUUGUUUGGCAUUCCUGUGACGUCAUCGGCAUUGUACUUUGGGUUAUCCAUGAUCCCCGGCUUUGCGAUCGGUUCCUUGGUGGGCGGUUGGAUUAGCAAGAAAAUCGGAGUAGACUGCAAAAAACUGCUUCGGUUCAUCCUCAUCAUGUACACAAUAUCAGGAAUGGGAAUUUGUGUUUAUCUGAUGUACUGCAAAGAUCCACCGAAGGCUUACGGACAGCUAAACAACAAUAUGACUUGCGCCGACUCCUGCGCCUGCGCAGACAAUCUGUAUAACCCGGUGUGUGGUGAAAACGGUAUGGAGUACCAGUCUCCCUGCCAUGCCGGCUGUACCGCUUUGAACCAUACAACCAUGGUCUACUCAAACUGUAGCUGCAUCACAAGUUCCCGGAUGCAGCAAAAUUCUACUGCUUACGUCACUUCAGGUGUGACGUCAUUGGCUACCCACGGCGCAUGCGCGCGUGACUGUGAAGCCUACAGAGUGCCCCUGUUCUUCUCUACUCUGUUCUUGAUGGGAAUGUUGGGGGCCUUCGCGGCACCUUCCUAUAUGGCUGCUAUUCUUAGGCUUGUUCCCCCCAAGCAAAGAUCCUUUGGACUAGGGAUGCAAAGGUGUAUGGUCCGAAUCAUCGGCACCAUCCCGGGACCCAUGAUAUACGGGUACGCCAUGGACAACGCAUGCGCACAGUGGCAGACAUCCUGUGGCCAACGAGGCGCCUGUCUAGUUUACGACAGCCGCAAAGUGGGCCUGUUCGUGUUCGGUCUCGCUCUCGGGCUGAGAAUUGUGGGUGCAACUUUCAUUUCUCUCGCCUAUCUGGUAUACAAGCCGAAUGCUGCUAUUGAAGAAGAGAAAUAUGAUAACGCAGAUGAUGUUAAACUCACCAAUGGUGAUGUGAAAUAAACUAACGGAGGGAGAGAGAGAAAGAGGGAGAAAGAGAGAGAGGGAAAAAGAGAGGGAGAAAGAGAGAGGGAAAAAGAGAGAGAGAGACUAAAGGUGCAGUUGACAACACAAAAAAUGGCCUUACCAAAAGUUUUGACUAUGAUACUACAGAAGUAUUUGCCAAGCAAUUAAUAGACUUUUCUACGACGCAACAUUAUGCAGAUUUCCAACAUGUGGCUCUGUGGAUAUCAAACGUAGCAGAUAGCUUGUGGCACCCUCCCACUAGAUUAGAAGUAACAGAAGUUCUGUUCUAUGAUCCGUGUGUUCCUUUGUAAUCUAGAAUAUUAGACUGUUAAAUGAUUUUUCGCGCUUAUUCAAAUAUAACUCGAAUCAGUAAGCGAAAGCAAUAGUUGGAUGCAACUUUAUUCAAUUAUCAAACGAUUCCAAAUUGCAGUAUUCAACCUUAUUUACGUAUUCAGUAACUUUCUGAUAACGUAAUCGUUGUAUGAUUCGCAUUUUAACUGUUUAUUUGACAGGAUAAAUGCAGGAACAAAAAAUAUUGACUUUACAGUAUAUUUAAUAAUCAUGCCAUAUCUUGAACAUGAUAUAUGUAUAUUAUAAACAAUGGACUACUUUUGCUUUACAUGUGAAAUAUGAUAGUUAAGGGACAUUUAAGGUUUCAGAUGAAAUGCAUAUCGUUGAAUUAGUGUAACUAUUGAACCCUCUUUCUUCUCACAUUUUUAUUGAUAGUCUAAGGAUACCCUAUUCCAGAUCUUCAUGUAGUAUUCCUCAUGCACGUUUUGUCUUUAAAGACCUUCAUAGAACUCAGUUAGCAAUCUGUAUAUAGAUGCAUAACUGUGUAUCAAUCUUUACGUUGUUGUUGUUUUUAUUUGGCCAUAAUACGACAUAUGUUUUAUUUGGUGUUACAACUAGAGGUGUGCUUGAACUAAUCAACACUUGAUGUCUUAAUAAUUUUUUUCCGGUAAGAAGGAGAUAUUUGUACGUAACAAAUGAUUGUUUAUGUAUAGAAUGUGUAUAUAGCUGGUCCUCUAAUGUUUGACAACUAAAUGUUCUUUAUUUUGAAAACAGAGGUUGUUCGUGGUAGAUGACCUGUUCAUACUACAUUGUACUUAUUAGUAAUAUGCUUAUCUAUCUUUGGUUUGGGAUAACGAGAUCAGAGCCUUAUAUAUAAAGUUUGUUGCAAAUUCUUGCCCUGGGCUAAUUGCAGGUAACAUGAGAGAUUCAGAUAAAGAAUAAGAAACAAUUUCAAAGGUGUCUACUCUAGUCUAAAACUGGUAUACAUACCUCAGUCUCUUUGUGACUCUGUGUCUACAUGCUC